AUGUCUGGCGAUACCCAACAGGCGCAGAAGGCGUUUGUCCAAGAGAAAGAUGACAUAAUUCAAGACGUUUUACACGAAGAAGAUUUGUACAAGAUUCUUGGUGCCCCUCGAGGCGCAUCUGCAGCCGAAUUGCGACGAUGCUACCUCGAACGCUCCAAAAUAUGCCAUCCUGAUAAACCUCCAUUUCACCCCGAGUCUACCAGCGCGUUCCAGCGACUCGGUUUCGCAUUCGAUAUCCUACGAUCUCCAAGCGCCCGACGAACAUAUGACAGAGCUUCAAAACCCACCUCAUCCUCCCUCCCGGACAAAACCACUUUCCUAGGCGGCGAACACACCUUCCGCAGCGCAGUCGAAGCAAUCCUCCAAGAAUUCAUGACCGGGGAUUUCGUCAUAGUCCGACGAUGGCUAGAAUCACUUCACGCGCAAUACCCGAAUCUCGUGAGCGAAGAAGUCGUAAUCAACGUCGAGCGCUCCUUUAUUCGGAUUCGCGAGCUCGUUCUGACGACACGGACAUAUGCGCUAUUGAUAUACAUCGAAUUGGGUCGCAUACAUCGCGUGCAGAAACGGCUUAUGGGAUUGCGAUAUUUGGAUAUAGUUGGGAGAGCAAGACUUUCGGUUCAUCUGGUACGAGUUACAUUGGCGGUUCCGAUGCGUGUAGACCGCGCCCUCAAACAGCGAGAAGAGAAAGCAUGGCGUGCGAAAGUGGCGGGGUUACAAGCUCGAGGUAUUGCGACUACGGAGACUAUGGGCCAAGCUGGGAUUCUCAACGACAGAGUUAGUAAGGUUCUGGAGUUUAUAGUCGGGGUCGCUGGAAAAGAUGAAGGCGCCGAUGAGGCGUGGAGUACGAGUAUGGGCCAAAGAGCCUGA